AUGAAGCUCGUCCGUCCCUCAACUGCCAUCUUUCUCUGCCUGGCAUGGCUCCAUUCAAUGGUCAUGGCGUCGCAUAACCCAGCUAUACCACUGACUCUUCCCUGGAGGACUGUUUUCGGUCGUCCGUCAAACUUCGACUACCACUGGUCCUUUGACACUAGCGCCGUUCCUGAGGGCCCAUUCUCCACCACCAGACGUGUCCAGAACGGAGUUGACAUCCAAGUUUUCACCGCCAACCUAGACGCUAACCAGAAUCAACGGGUGAUUCACAUUCACAUGGAAGCUACCGCAGGAUCUCACCAGGAGGUUGUCUGGCAGGUGUAUCAAGGUGGACAGAUUGUCACCCGCUACAAUUCAGCUGGCCAACAGUCCAACAACGAUAUCUCUACCUCGACAUCUACUGGAGACUUUGCCAUGAUCCCAUAUCAAGCUGGUCUGACGAUCACGAUUUAUUGGCGCCUGGAACAAGAACUCUAG